UGCAGUUGUGCCUUAGGUUACACUGGACGAAACUGUGAGAUCGACAUUGAUGAGUGUUCUCCAAACCGCUGUCAGAAUCAGGCAACAUGUUCCGAUCUGGUGGGAAAUUAUAGCUGCAGUUGUGCCUUGGGUUUCACUGGACGAAACUGUGAGAUCGACAUUGAUGAGUGUUCUCCAAACCGUUGUCAGAAUCAGGCAACAUGUUCCGAUCUGGUGGGAAAUUAUAGCUGUAGUUGUGCCUUGGGUUACACUGGACGAAACUGUGAGAUCGACAUUGAUGAGUGUUCUCCAAACCGCUGUCAGAAUCAGGCAACAUGUUCCGAUCUGGUGGGAAAUUAUAGCUGCAGUUGCGCCUUGGGUUACACUGGACGAAACUGUGAGAUCGACAUUGAUGAGUGUUCUCCAAACCCUUGUCAAAAUCAGGCAACAUGUUCCGAUCUGGUGGGAAAUUAUAGCUGCAGUUGUGCCUUGGGUUACACUGGACGAAACUGUGAGAUCGAUAUUGACGAUUGUUCUCCAAACCGUUGUCAAAAUCAGGCAACAUGUUCCGAUCUGGUGGGAAAUUAUAGCUGCAGUUGUGCCUUGGGUUACACUGGACGAAACUGUGAGAUCGACAUUGAUGAGUGUUCUCCAAACCGCUGUCAGAAUCAGGCAACAUGUUCCGAUCUGAUUGGAAAUUACAGCUGCAAUUGUGCCUUGGGUUACACUGGACGAAACUGUGAGAUCGAUAUUGACGAGUGUUCUCCAAACCGUUGUCAGAAUCAGGCCACGUGUUCCGAUCUGGUGGGAAAUUAUAGCUGCAGUUGUGCCUUGGGUUACACUGGACGAAACUGUGAGAUCGACAUUGACGAGUGCUCCCCGGACCCUUGUCAAAAUCAAGCAACGUGUUCCGAUCUAAUUGGAAAUUACAGCUGCAAUUGUGACCUGGGAUACACUGGAAGAAACUGUGAGAUUGAUAUCGAUGAGUGUUCUCCAAAUCCUUGUCAAAAUUAUGCCACAUGUUCCGAUCUAGUUGGAUAUUAUAGCUGUAGUUGUUCGUUUGGUUACACGGGGAGAAACUGUGAACAUGACAUUGACGAAUGCGCUCCUCGUCCAUGUAUGAAUAAUGCUACAUGUACGGAUCUUGUGGGUAACUAUAGUUGCCACUGUCUACUAGGCUUUAAAGGAAGAACAUGUGGUGUGAACAUAGAUGACUGUCCUCCAGAGACAUGCAAGAACGGCGGAACUUGUUCAGAUUUGAUAGCAGAUUUCAGCUGUGCUUGUUUGCCUGGUUAUACGGGCAAAAGUUGUGAGACUGACAUUGAUGAGUGUGCGCAAAACCCGUGUAAACAUGGUGCCACUUGUGUGGACGCUGUAGCCAAUUAUAGUUGUAACUGUGCCCAUGGUUACACGGGAAAAAACUGUGAAGUGGAUAUUAAUGAAUGCGCCUCAAGCCCCUGCAAAAAUGGAGCUAAGUGUGCAAAUCUGGUAGCAGAUUUUUCCUGCAGUUGUCUUCCCGGUUACACUGGAAAAGACUGCUCCACUGAUAUAAACGAGUGCAAUUCCUAUCCUUGUUUACAUGGUGCUACAUGUCAUGACAAGAUCGACAAUUAUACGUGCGCCUGUGUUCCUGGCUACACUGGUAGGCAGUGCGAGAUCAACAUUGAUGAUUGUUCGCCAAAUCCUUGUCGCAACACUGGUAUUUGCUCGGAUGGGAUCAACAACUAUCACUGCAACUGCGAAGGAACUGGAUUUAACGGAUCUCGCUGCGAGCUCGACAUUGACGANGUAACUAUAGUUGCCACUGUCUACUAGGCUUUAAAGGAAGAACAUGUGGUGUGAACAUAGAUGACUGUCCUCCAGAGACAUGCAAGAACGGCGGAACUUGUUCAGAUUUGAUAGCAGAUUUCAGCUGUGCUUGUUUGCCUGGUUAUACGGGCAAAAGUUGUGAGACUGACAUUGAUGAGUGUGCGCAAAACCCGUGUAAACAUGGUGCCACUUGUGUGGACGCUGUAGCCAAUUAUAGUUGUAACUGUGCCCAUGGUUACACGGGAAAAAACUGUGAAGUGGAUAUUAAUGAAUGCGCCUCAAGCCCCUGCAAAAAUGGAGCUAAGUGUGCAAAUCUGGUAGCAGAUUUUUCCUGCAGUUGUCUUCCCGGUUACACUGGAAAAGACUGCUCCACUGAUAUAAACGAGUGCAAUUCCUAUCCUUGUUUACAUGGUGCUACAUGUCAUGACAAGAUCGACAAUUAUACGUGCGCCUGUGUUCCUGGCUACACUGGUAGGCAGUGCGAGAUCAACAUUGAUGAUUGUUCGCCAAAUCCUUGUCGCAACACUGGUAUUUGCUCGGAUGGGAUCAACAACUAUCACUGCAACUGCGAAGGAACUGGAUUUAACGGAUCUCGCUGCGAGCUCGACAUUGACGAA